UUAAUAGAAGUCUGAAAACCAGCUAAUGUGACAAUAACAACAUGGUCUCUGUCAUCAGAAUGGACCAACCAGCAGUCAAAGUCUUCCACUACAAAGACAAGGAGCAGUCCUCCAACCUGCUCCUGCAGCUCAACAGGCUAAGACAGGAGAACGUCCUGACCGAUGUGUCCCUUUGGUCAGAUAACACAGAGAUCCCAUGCCAUCGUAACGUCCUGGUCUCCAGCAGCCCCUACUUCAGAGCCAUGUUCUGCAACAACUUCAUAGAGAGGCAGCAGAACAAGAUCAGCUUAAAGGGCAUCACAUCGACCAUUCUGAACAGUAUCAUUGACUAUGUUUACACAGGACUCAUUAGUAUCAGCAUGGAGAUUGUGUUACCGCUGAUGCAGGCGGCAUCCAUGUUGCAAUAUGGCCGCCUUUUUGAGGCCUGCUCGAGCUUCCUUCAAGAGCAAAUGAGCCCUGACAACUGUUUGAGCAUGAUAAGACUCUCUGAGAUCAUGAAUUGCAACAGUUUGAGGGACAAAGCAAAGGAGAUGGCCAUGAAGAGCUUCUCCGAUGUGUCAGCAUCUGAGGAUCUGUGCGAGCUCUCCUUGCCGGAGCUCAUGGGAUACCUGGAGGAUGAUGGUCUUUGCGCAGAAGAGGAGCAGGUUUUUGAGACACUUGUUGCUUGGAUCCAUCACGAUCCUUUAUCUAGGCGUGGUGCCAUUAGCGACCUUUUCAAGAAAGUCCGUCUACGCUACAUACAUCCCACCUACCUCUUCCAGUUCAUAGCCAACGACCCUCUGAUCCAGUCAUCCACACUCUGCACCGAGCUCAUUGAAUCUGUGAGGCGCCUCAUGUUUUCCGUAAGCACAAAAUGCAUUGGCAACACAGCAGUUGACUUCAAACCUCUCUGGAAGGCACCGAGACGUUACUCCUACCACGACAUGUUGGUGGUGGUGGGAGGGAGGAAGAACAACGAACAGACCUCGAGGGAGGCUCUUGUCUUUGAUGAGAAGAGCGAGAAAUGGCAAUGGCUCGCCAAGCUGCCCAUUCGUCUGUACAAAGCCUCCUACGUCGCCCUUCACAGUGUCUUGUAUGUAAUCGGAGGCCUGACCACAAACACAAAGUACAGCCAAGUCACUACAACCGUUUACACCCUCUCCCUUAAGACCAACCAGUGGCGGACAGCAGAGCCCAUGCUGGAGCCACGCUUUGCCCACCAGAGUGUCUCCUACCUCCACUUCAUCUUCGUCCUGGGGGGCCUUGGCCCUGACAGACGACUGACAGGCAGUGUGGAGAGGUACAACAGUAUGUUCAACCAAUGGGAGUCAAUGGCGCCCAUGCCUGAGGCGGUGCUGCACCCUUCAGUGGCUGCUACGAACCAGAGGAUCUAUGUGUUUGGAGGAGAGGAUGCAAUGCAGAACCCAGUCAGAAUAAUACAGGUGUAUCACAUUGCCAGGAACAUGUGGUGUAGGAUGGAGAACAGAACAGUGAAGAAUGUGUCUGCUCCUGCAGCGAUUGUGGAUGACAAAAUCUACAUUAUUGGAGGAUACACCAGGAGAAUGAUCGCUUACGACACCAAGGCCAACCGGUUCAUUAAGUGUGCCAACAUGAAGGAGAGGAGGAUGCACCACUCUGCCACCGUCCUCAACAACAAAGUCUACGUCACCGGCGGACGCCACAUCAACGGCCAUGAUGUCAUCGAGGACUCAGACAGUUUUGAGUGCUAUGAUCCAAAGACAGACACUUGGACGUCUAAGGGGACUCUGCCGUAUAAACUGUUUGACCAUGGCUCGUUGACUCUAACGAAUGUCUCACAGACAUGGGCAAAAUCAUAGCUGGGAUCUGAUUCAUAGUAAUUCUAUUGAUUUAGAAAACAGUCAAUCAUGCAGAAAAUUACACAUUGCAGAUACAAAGGUUUCAUUUUGUAGCAAAACUGCACUUUUUGCACAAUUUAAGUCCC